GAUUCCUUGAAGAUCCCGGCUGCGAGAGCGAAGGAAGCACGGCCUUUAUCGAGACCAGCUUCCUGGGCGAACAGAUCUGAAGAUCAGAUCCUCGAAGAGCUGAGGGGUGCGAAACGGUUUUCCUCUGGCCCUCUGCUUUCGCGACCCACAUAAAUGGAGGCGGUGCAGAGGAUCUCUGGCGGCGCGAUGCCUGGGUUUGUGACGGACAAGAACAACCCCGUCGGGUACGUCAUCAAGAGCCUCCAGGAGUUCGGGCAGGAGAGCAUCAGGCUCGUCAGAAGAUGCACCAAACCUGACGCCAGAGGUGAGCUGGGAUGGCCUGCAGAGAGCGGUGUUGCCACCGUGUGUGGUGAUUGUGGUUUCCUGUCUGUGCGUGCAGAGUUCAAGAAGAUCGCUCUUGCGUGCGGCGUUGGGUUCGCUAUCAUGGGCUUCAUCGGCUACACGGUGGGUGGGUGGGUGGGUGAAACUGCCGAGGACGACACUGUCACUCACAUUGCACGUGUGUGUGUGGACACAUCCGAUUGAUUGCAGGUGAAGCUGGUCUUCAUUCCCAUCAACAACAUCAUCAUACAGCCGGGCGCAUAG